AUGGAGGAGGUGCCUCACGACUGUCCAGGGGCCGACAGCGCCCAGGCAGGUCGAGGGGCCUCAUGUCAGGGGUGCCCCAACCAGCGCCUCUGCGCUUCUGGAGCUGGUGCUGCCGCGGACCCGGCCAUAGAGGAAAUCAAAGAAAAAAUGAAGAGUGUGAAACACAAGAUCUUGGUGUUAUCUGGGAAAGGCGGCGUUGGGAAAAGCACAUUUAGCGCCCAUCUGUCCCAUGGCCUAGCGGAGGAUGAAAACACGCAGGUUGCUCUUCUAGACAUCGAUAUAUGUGGGCCGUCAAUUCCCAAGAUCAUGGGAUUGGAAGGAGAACAGGUUCACCAGAGCGGCUCGGGCUGGUCUCCAGUGUUCCUGGAAGACAACUUGGGGGUGAUGUCGGUGGGUUUCUUGCUCAGCAGCCCCGACGAUGCCGUCAUCUGGAGGGGACCAAAGAAAAACGGCAUGAUCAAGCAGUUCCUCCGCGACGUGGACUGGGGCGAGGUGGACUACCUCAUCGUGGACACCCCGCCCGGAACGUCGGACGAACAUCUCUCGGUGGUGCAGUACCUGGCCGCGGCGCACAUCGACGGGGCGGUGAUCAUCACCACGCCCCAGGAAGUGUCACUCCAGGAUGUCCGGAAAGAGAUCAGCUUCUGCCACAAGGUGAAGCUGCCCAUCAUCGGGGUGGUGGAGAACAUGAGCGGCUUCAUCUGCCCCAAAUGCCAGAAAGAGUCCCAGAUAUUCCCACCGACAACGGGGGGUGCGGAGGCCAUGUGCCAGGACCUGAAGAUCCCGCUGCUUGGCAAAGUGCCACUGGAUCCACGCAUAGGUAAGAGCUGCGACAAAGGACAGUCUUUUUUGGUGGAAGCGCCAGAUUCACCCGCCACUGUCGCCUACAGAAGUAUAAUUCAGAGAAUCCAGGAGUUCUGUAGUCAGCGUCUGCCAGAAGGAGAGAACCCCGUCGGCUCCUGA